GGAAAAACUUUGACAGAAUAUUUAUUAGCUAUGCCUACUAGUUCAGUGCUGAAAAUCUGGAAUUAUCUUGGACUGUUCAGGAAGAAGGAACAGGUCGUGGUAGAGAUUUUGGGAAGUUUAGAGGGAAGUUAGGAAUUUUGGUAAAUUGGGGUUUUGGGAGUUAAGGGGUAGAUUUUGAGGUGGAGGUUUUGGGAGACUUGUUAAGGAAAUUGGAAUUGUUAUUGUAGAUGGGGAGAAUGCUUUUUUGGGGCAGGAUUGGGUGUUUUUAUGAUGGAUAUUGUUAAAGGUUCUCGUUUUGUCAUAAUUUACUAUAUUUCUUAUGUAGACCAGCUCUUUCUUGAGUCUGUUCAUUACUCCAGUAGAUUCAAAUUGAACGACAACGCCUCCAGAAGUAUCACAAGGGAUUUCAGUAACUCUAUCUGUUAGGACACUGAUCUGAACUUCACUAUACUCAGUGAUGACUAGAAGUUUGAGAUGAUACCCUUGCUCAAUAAACUCUUGAAUCAAGUCCCCACCUCUUAAGUAAACUCUAAAAUACUUUUC